AUGGGAGGCAGGCGCAAGAUGCUGGUAGCGUUGAUGCUGGCAACCGUGGCGCUGCUGAGUGUUCCGACGUCAGCCGAGUGUCCCAAUGCCUGUUCAGGUAACGGAGCGUGUAUGGCCAAGGAUAUGUGCAACUGCUACAAGAACUACGAGGGCAACGACUGCCUGGACCGCACGUGUCAAUUCGGCUAUGCCCACGCCGACACGCCCAAAGGUGACAUUGAUUACGAUCAGGUGCGUACUACGGUCGGUUGGAUUCUCAAGGAUUCGCAGCAGUUUCCUGCAGAGACGUACGAGUACUUUAGCCCGGAUGCCAUCGCCAGUGAAGCCCAUUUCUACAUGGAGUGCUCCAAUAAGGGUCUGUGUGAUCGAACUUUGGGAACGUGCGUGUGCUUUGACGGAUAUGAAGGUGUGGCUUGCCAGCGUGCAGCAUGUCCUAACAAGUGCAGUGGCCGUGGUACGUGUGAGAGUAUAAGCGAGUUGGGACUCAAGGCUCCGGGCACACUCGUCGGGAAUCCGGAUAAUGUGAGCCCGGUUACCUAUGACUUAUGGGACAGCAAAGUCACGUACGGCUGUCGCUGCGAUCCGUGGUAUCACGGUGCUGACUGCUCGCUGCGAUCAUGCAAAGUUGGUGUGGAUCCAAUGUUCCUCUCAGUGGGCACAGCAACGUUUGAGGUUUUCGUACUGCACGUUUGGCUUGAUGCGACUGCCUUCCCUACAACACAAACUCCAUCCCAAUUGUGA